AUGUCUGCAGCGGCCUCUGCUUCUUCUCCCUCACGACAGGCGGUCAUUGCUGCCUACCGAACUCUACUGAGAACACAGCGUGAAGUUUUUGGAGAGGAUAUUCGAGCAAUUCAAGCUGCUAAGAAGGAAACUCAUUCGCGAUUCAUGCAGAACAAGGACGAGACAAAUGUCGAUGUCCUGGAAGAGAAACUGAAAUUGGCCGACCAAGUUACUUCGUUAUUAAGAAAGAAUGUUGUUCAAGGCGUUGCGCAAGGAAGCGACGACAUGUACAAGCUUCGUAUCACCAAGGAUACCGAGUUGGGCGAUAACGACUCCAUCAAAAAGGCCAAGGGAAGCCAUCGCAAAAACCGAAAGGGAAAGGCUGCUGCUGCUCAAGGAUGCUGUGGCAGUCAGUAA